UGUCAUUGCAACAUGGUGUCAACAUAGUUGUACACUCAGGAUUCUGCAAUAUCUUGGGGACAACGUUCUACCCAGAAUUAAAAUUUUAAAAUAGUCUAUGACAUAGAAUAUCAAACCCUAAAUUGUAUUAAGAUAUGUGUUAAUCUUUAUCCUGAAAACUUUCUCCAGAAAACUAACGAAAUUAUGAUAUCAUUGUAAUGUGCAGCAUUCUUCUUUCUGAGGCAUCGCCCAUUUCUCCUUUAGCAUGCAGAUGGAUCGUCUGAAACAGACAAGUAAUCCAAGCGUUUAUCACAGAAAGGUUCAAAGAAUAAUUUCUCACUGGAGGCAAAAUAUAUCAGAACAAACAAAGACGUGGAUAAUGUUAGAAGAAAUAGUGAGGGCUCAAACAAAAUGUUUGAGAGAAAUAGCAGAAGAGCAGGAUAAGCUGAUUGGGCUUUUGGGUAGCCAAUCAAAGUUAUGUUGUGAGGAUUUGUCAAAUGAGGAUGUUGGGUCCAAUCCAACUGUAAAUCCUUCAUUCCCCAAUACAACAGAUGCAAUCCAGCGAGUUGAAAAUCUUAGCAUUGAGUUGCUUGAUCUGAUAAAGGAAGGAAUUAUUGAAUACAAUGCAUUUUCUUUAAAUCCUCCAACUCCAACUCCAACUCAAUAUUUUGAGACCCAUUUCACUCUACAAGACAGUUUGUGGCAGAGUUAAUUCUGAGACUGCACCAUUUAGUUUUGAAAUAGUUCGACUGU